AUGGCAAAUAAAACAAAAAACGAAUUCAUUGCUUAUAGUGAACCAGCCAUUCGCAACAAUUUAUCUAUCGUGGAGUAUUGUCGUACAUCUGUAGCUGCUGUAUCCGGUUGUACGGCAGGUGUACUGGGACUAACAGGAUUAUAUGGUGCAGUAUUCUUUGUUGUAGCAGUAACUACAUUUUGGUUUAUGCUAUUGUUUAAAGCUGGUAUUGAUUCCUGGAAGAAAUAUUUUAUAUCUAGAAACUCUUUACUCUUGAAUGGGAUUUUUGGACAUUUCUUCACGUACAUUCUGUGUUGGACUUUCAUUUAUGGAAUGGUGCAUGUUUAUUAA